CUCUCCGUUCAGUAACACAAGCCACCCCAACGCCAUUGUCACUGUCCGCAUCUUCACGUCCUCAUUGCUCCUUCAGUGUAAUGGAUUCGGAACCUGAAGACGCAGAACCCAAACUGCAGCCACAUCCCAAGAAGGAAAAGAGCAAGAAGAACAAGAAGAAAAAUGAUAUUCUGCCUCAACCUGAACAGAUCGAGGUCACGGUCGAGGUGGUCCACGAGCACCCGAAUAAAACGCCUCCAGUUAUUGGUUAUUUCCCUUCGGGAUUUGAUCCGCUGAAGAAUUACGGUGAUGGUUCCGGUCCUGCCAGUUUUCAACUUUACCGGCACAGGAACAUGCCCAAAAGGCUGCAGCUUGUGGUUCGCCCUGAAGGGUCUCCAGGGGAAUUCGUUGGAACGAGUUACUCCGGUGAGGCUGCGGCCGGACACCGAGCCAUGUAUGCACUUGGCGUUCUUGACAAGGAAGCUGGGAGCCUGAAGAUUGUGCCCAUUGCCGGUAAUAAGAUAUUCAGAAUGGAGCCAAAGGUUAAGGGCUUGGAAGCAGCUGAUCCGGAGCCAGCAACUUCGACGAUGGAAGAGUUGACUCCGCAUCAGAAGUUAGCACAGACUACUGCUAUCUGGGGAACAAAGAAGGAAAUAGAGAAGGCUAAGAAGAAGCUAGCUCUCAGACAAGAUGAUAACCCUGAUUCUCAGAAGAAUCUAGAUGUGAAAAUGAAAAAUGUUGUUGUAAACAAAAAGGCUCUUGAAAGUACAGAAGCUCAUGUUUCUCGAAAUAUACCACCAUAUGAUGCUUCUGCAACUACACCUCAGGAGGCAUAUCUAUUGGACCAAAUCAUCCUUACGGGAGAAUGGGAUUACCUUGUAGACAUUUAUAAUAUUUUGCAAAAGGGAGAAGAAGCAGACUUCAGUGCUUACCCAACUUUUGUUUGCAACAGGAUAGGGAGAGUAAGGAAAAUUAAGGAUGAGUCAGAAAAGAAGAAGCUUUCGUGCAUAUUGUCAUACAUCAAUCAUCUUAUAAAGUUCAAAGAUCAGCAUUCCAUUGAUUUUUCCUCCGCAAAGGGCCAUAAAAUCCCCAACAUCCUGCGUCAUAAGUUUACGACAAUGUUUGCUGUUUCUGAAUCAAAAAGGCUACCCCCUGAAAAGAUAAAUCUCCUAAUUUGUUAUAUCUUGGUUCUUACACUAUUCUCUGAUGACUUCCGAACAUCCUACACCGAUAUAGCAAAAGAUCUGAGCAUGAGUGUUGUGCCUGUGAGACAACUCUACGAGCAUUUGGGUUGCAAAAUUUCACGCCAGAAAGACGUGUGGUAUGCCACGCUUCCUGUCCCUCUAAAAUUUCCUGAUUUGAGGCAAAGAAAGCGAAAAAGGUAGACAGAUGGCUUUUCUGAGUCUUUUCGUUUGUCAUUGACUGUGGCAAAUCAAAUUGUCUGCCAGUGUCUUUGGUGCAGUGAUGUCAAAAAUUGUUAUUCAACACCUCUACUGGCGGUAUGUUUAUUAUUAUUUUCUAGCUGCAUACAUUUGAACUAUGCUUUCUGUUUUAGUAAUUUGGGAAAUGAUUCUGAAAUU